CUGCCAUCGUGACAGCAGGAGUUACCCAGCGUAACUAACACCACUUGACGGCGGUUCAUUUUAAUUUUGCAGGGCCGCUUUAAAAAAGUUCUUGCGUUCAUUUUAUUUUUUAAGUUAUUUAAGAUAUUUUCGAGAAUCUGAGUCGUCUGUACACAAAAUUGUGCACUGCGCUUUUUCGUGUUUUUCCGACCACGUUGCUAGUGUCAGCCGUUACCGUGUAGUGUGGGAGUACUGCUAGCAACAGGUGUGGCUGUUGAGAUAACGACCGGUCAGAGUACCUUUCAGGAUACUGCAAAGAUACUGAAACUUUGAGGUAAGUCUGGUUUGGUAAAAUCAAACUUGCUAAACUGGAACAUGAAAAAGUACAUGAAAAUUGCUGAAGGACGACUAACCGUACCGACUCCCGAACUCAACAAGCAACGUUCCUCUGAGGUAGUCACACGGUCCAAGCUAACACUUUUUAAACUCUGUGCGUUUAUCACAUAAGUUUUGCUGAUUUGUCCCAAUUUUUUGCACUACAGUUGAAUUUGAAAGGGGUUUAUUGAACCUGUACAUCUAAAUAUGUGAAAUAUAAUUGUGUAACAGUCAUGAGGAGUAGGGAUGGUGUUUAUUUUUUAUUCUUAACCGCAAAUAUUUUAUUUUUAUUUGAUUUAAAGAUAAAUUGAAAUGCAGUUAAAUCAUGUGGUUUCUAUAUAAAGAGCUCUUAAAGCACUGUAGCUUCAUGUAAGUUUGUUUUUGUAGACCUGUUAACAUUUUAUGCCUGUAUUUAGGGUCCAUUUACAGUAGGGCCGGGUGAUAUGGGAGAAAGUUUAUCAUGAUGUGUUUUUUUUCAUAUCUGCUGAUAUUGAUGAAUAUCACAAUAUAAAGAAAAAAAAAAAAACUUGUCUAUCCUAAAUGUUCCCUGUUACUCAUAAAUGAAAGUUAACUGUGCUUAUUGGUAGCAUGCAUAGACUGUAUAUAGAAUGGAUAGAGUCUGCCUCCUCGCUGGGUGAAGCCACUUUGAGAACAGCACCCUCUGGUGACGGGCUGCAGAAUAGAUCAUAAAUCCCACUUCAGCCAGCAAAGCUUAUGGGGCUGUGGACAAGCUUUAUAAAUUUAUUACACAGAACAUAACCCCCCUACUUGCGAUGUUGACUUGUCUUUAUUGUAAGACUGAUUUGUGCUCAAGUCCUCUUUUUUCUGUGAAGCUCCGUUUUUAAAAGUUAUUAGGGGGUUCUAGUUUCUUUGAUUGACACCUGAUACAGCCUAUUAGCGUUCAGGGAUUGCGUAGCUCACUCGGGGGAUACGCUGUUUGAACCGAGUGUCAUCACAGCGACUCUCCCGCCGAAUGCGCACAACGCUACUGCGCAAUACUGGUUUCUGGAAAUGAAGAAAAAUCCCGGAAAUACUGAGAGCUUUUUGGCUUCAAAUCCGUAUACAGGCGGGAGGCGGAACCAAGUUGUCCAUAGUAUAUACAGUCUAUGGUCAUAAGGCGUUGCGCUAGAGAAAGCUGGCUGAAUAGUUGGCUGUUUCGGCUGCACAGGCGCCUAAUUUACAGUGUGUAUUUGUUUGUGCUGCUGUGGUCUACAGAUGGCAGCGGGCAAAGUGAACCAGGAAGAAGUUUUAGCAAGGCUAAAGAUCGAUGUUCGUUCCUUGCUCAUUUCAUCAAAAGUAGGCCUGGAACCUGAGCAGCUCAGACGGGACUAUAAAGCGAUGAUGGGACAUCCAAUGCCCCUGAAAGUCCUUGGCUUUAGAAAUGUCCUGGAUAUGGUGAAGGAGAUGCCUGAUGUGGUGACAGUUAACUUCAGGCCAGAUGGCACCUCAUUUCUGAGAGGUAAAGCAUUUUCUUUCUAGUUGACACCCUUUUUGGUCUUAAAUGCUACUAUUUAGUAUUUCAGAAAAAACUGUAAUUGCAACCUCCUGCCUAUCAAACAUUUGAAAUUCGUUAUCUUAAUGCAAUCUCUUUUAUAUGCUUACAUUGCAGCUGUGGGUGUUGAGUCCACCAAAAAUAUUGAGGCGCUUGUUGCCAAGCAGCGCACGCCCCAGACUAACAAAAAUGUUUCAAGAAGAGGUGUCAGACACUUCUUCCCUAGCCACUGUCACCCAACCCAAUUUGUGGUCCUUCCCAGAAGAGGACGACCCCCUCCUGCUCUCCAUGCUCAGCUGAGGGGACAGCUCCGCAUACUGUUAACCGAGGUAUGAGUGAAGGGUGUUAAUUCAAAGCGUGGAAAAAGUGUUGAACUUUUUUUUGUUUUCAACUGAGUCUUAUUUGUGUGAAAGUUGUGUUAAUUGAUGGUAGGUAACUAUGGUAAGUAAUUGUUAUCUGCUGUAGUUUUGAAUUACCAUAAAUCCUCAAAGACCAGGGUUCAAUCUGUGGCCUGGCCCAUUCAACUGACCAGGCUCAAGAGCUUUAUAAGUGAAUAAAGGCUGGCUUUCAGUCAUUGGCUAGGGCACUAGCCACUAAUGUUUAUAUGUUGGAAUAUGUUAACUCUACCCCUCCCAACCAGCGUUCCCCUCAGCUCCUCCUCUCCUCUCUCUCUCUGCUCCAGCAAGCCCCGCCCACAAACAGACGCUGCUGCUCGCUCCUAUCAUUUCAAUUAAAUUCAAAAUAUAAUGCAGAUAUAUACUUAAGGCAACUACAAAUGGAGCCCAUUUAACGUUAAAGUAAACAGCAUUGGUACUACUGUAGAUGCCAACAAACUACCAGCAAACACAAUGUGUGCAGGACCCGAGGUAAACAGUUUAGUGGUGCUACGAUACGCAGCAGAUCCCGUUUGACAAGAAACACUUCUGUUACAGACACUCAGCUUACUUUGUGAAAGCUGUUUACCUGUCCAGCAGAAAGGUUACAGGGUCUGUAAGAUCCCAAAGUGUCCCCCAUGGUUUAUGCUAGCUUCAUGGAUGUUGACCCGGCUUUUUUAGCUCUUGUCCGAGUGGUCUACCUCCUUUUUAAGCGCCCGUUAUUCCACCAGAGUCGCCUAUAUAUUUUUUUUUCUUGCUUGUGUUGGCAGUCGUGGUCAAAGGAGGAUUCAGACAAUUUCUGUACUUUGUGGUUGGUUUCUACUGUCUGAUAUUGUAGCACGCUAACUUUGUUUUGGCUCCUGGACGACACGGGGGAGCAGCAUCUGCCUCACAACCAAUCAGGAUGGGGGAGGCGGGAAAUGGCUUUGUUUACAGUCAGAAAGAGCGGAGCGCUCAAUAAUUUAAAAUGUUGACUACACAGACAUAACAAAACACAGCAAUAUUGUGAUAUUACCAAAUGUCAUCAAUGACUAAUAGCUAUUGACUGAUAUUAGGAGAUUUUUUGUAUAUAUACCACAAAAAAAGAUGCUUCUUUAACGGAUUCCUGCCUACCCCACCUUUAAUAUACAAGACGUCUUAACCUUGAGUUCAAAAUGAUCAUGCAUCACUAUUACAAUGUCCUGUACUAUUACAAUGCUUGUGUACUGCAUCACAAACCUCUGCAGUUUGCUCCUGUUUUUCAUGUAUAACUGUAAGCUGUCAGCAUCUCCACUCCUGCUCAGAGCUGCGCUCCAUGAGUUUGUGUCUUGCAGUGUUUAAUAGCUGGAUGGAGAGGGAAAGUCCUCACCUUGUUAUUUUGGAGUCGAUAUAUGUCAGAUGUGACAGAUUUCACAAUUUAUGUUUUUUUUUUUUUUCCUGGGGUGAGUGAGCAUCCUCUCCAAACAAUAAACACUUGUGUAUGUUGGCAUCGUAACUGUGUAUUCUGGGUUCACUUAACUUGAAAAAAAAUGAAUGCAAAGAUUAUAACUGAGACGCUGACAUGGAACGCCAGCCACGGUUUAGAUUUUACUGGACAAACACAGCCAGCUAGAUUAUAGCAACAAUUCCUCCACAGCAGCCUUGGGCAGCCCUCUCGAGACACAUGUCUCAAUAUCAAAAAGCAAAUAAAAGACCCAGCCCAUAUUUAAAGGUUUAUGGUCAUACAUUUAUCAAUGUUUGUGGUUUCACCGUGGAAUAUUGUUAUUGUUUGAGGUAACAGUGCAGCUACUCUUUACCAGGGUCCAAUCAGAUUGGUAGACCUUGAAACCUGCUUCUUCCGCUGCUUUGGAUUCCCGCUGCGUGUCCACGCCUAUGGCUUCUAUUCCAUUGGAGAGAUGCUGGAGGCAUCAGCUGACCUGGUUGUUAUCCAGUGGACCAGGAUGGGCUCAGUUCUGGGUCUGAGGGCACAAAUGUCAGCCUCCAGAGAGAUAGACCCCAGAGACCAGAUUUCAAGAAAUCCCCUUGGGAAAGGUGGGUUAAGACAGGCGGAAAAAAACCCAAUCACUUUCUUAUAACACUGAUGCAUUUACAUGUUUUCUGGCACUUUUUAAUUUGUCCCUUAUUCUUUAAUGUGGUUGCUAUGGUAAUCUUCAAAAUACCUUUGUCAUUCUUACCAACUGUAGUCCAAGUGAAGCAGAGUCCUCCUAACAAGCCUUUCACUGAGACUGCCCCGGGCUCUGUCAGUAACAACACAACAUCUGGCAGCUGUAAGACAGAGAUGAUGGAGAAGAAGCAGGAAGUGGAUCAGGAACUCCGUCAGGAAGGUCAUCUCUUUCAGGAAUGUGUCAUGAAGGUUUGUGUUCAUCUGCACUUUAAUUUUUCAGCUCAAGACAAGACGUAAGAGACCUGUAUCUGUAUUCUUGUUGAAUAUACAACCUACAGACUCCAGGCAGUACAUGCCAGCAGAUUUUCAAACAUUAUUAAUGGAUCGCCCCAAUUCAUAAUCAAGAAUCAUAGACAAAUUUUCUGUACAGUUGAUUGAUUUUAUUUCAAUUUGUCUUUGUUCUUUGUUUUGAAUUUUGCAUCAGCUGGAGAAAGAUCUUCACCAGCAAAUUUUAGAGAAUGGAGUCGCCGGCACCAUAAGCCAGGAGCUGAAGGACAAGCUACGAAAGGUCAGACCUCCUGCUAGUUUAUACAUGAAUCUGCGAUCGCUGCUAAUGACUAGAAUGGACAUGUUUUGCUUUCAUGGUAGGGAAUAUUUUGGCACAAACGGCAACCAAGAAGGACCGUUAUAAGUAAUGUGAUUUAUUCUCUGCGUAUGUUCAUGAUUCCCCGCAGGUUGUCAGACAGAACGGUGGUGGAGUAUCAGUGCAAGACCUGCCAGCAGAAUACAAGGUACAGAACAAAAAGCUGCACAGUGUUGAUCUGCAUUUUGUCAGUGCAGUUGAAGGAAUAAAUAGCUGUAGGGUUAAAAGCCUAAGAAAUCAGUCGCUGAACUGGAUUCAUUUAGUCUUUCCAAGUAGAAUUUUAAAAAUCACAUGCUUUAUUGUUGGGGUUUACUCAGUUUAAUUAGAGUGACUUUCUCUCUAAGGCUGCACGAUAUUGGAAAAAACUAACAUUGCAAUUUUUUUCAACCCUGCGAUAUAUAUUGCAAUAUCAAGAAAUACAGGAAUUUUCACCGGAUGACCUGAAUAGCACUUUAUGCUGAAAUCUUGUAGACAGUUAACCUGCUCUGAUCUUACCUCUUUUUGUGAAUGUUAGUAGAAUGGCUUCUGUCUGUCUCAGAGAUGUUUUUAGCUUUUAUUGUGCUGGGACGACAGAUGAACACAGAACACGUGUUUUGGUCGACAUCAUCCUUCUUGUAAUGAAAUCAUUUCAGAUCACUGACAUUCUCUUUCUUUUUGGCAACAAGUUCGUUGUUCGUUGCUAAUUUUGCAAUUGCAGUUGGUGUUACUAGUGUUGUGCCGAGAAACGCAUGUCCUCCGAGAAUUGCACGCACGUCGCAAAACGCGCAGCGCUUAUCGUAGAGUGGUCCAUGGAAAUGCACAAUUUAAAACCCAUACAGUUCUUAUUUGUUGGGCUUAACAGUGAUGUAUAUGUUCCGAAAGUGGCUCUCAGCGGACACGCCUUUCUCGGCACAACACCAGCAGCGCCAGCGACUCACUCCAUGUGCAGGGGUGGGUUUCCUCCGCUCUGAUUUUGAUUGACGGCUGGCAGGGUAGUCUGAUUGGCAACUUGGUAAAGAAUGAAUGCGAUUGGUGGAUCGCUGCACAGCACACGCAGAGUCACAUGCAGUGUAUCGCUGUCAGCUACCCUUGAAAUCAGAUGAGUUCAUUCGCCUCCUACAUCGCAGAUUCUACGAUGUGACUAUCGCGAUGACAAUGUUCAAACGAUAUAUCAUGCAGAACUAUUUCUCUCAUUAAGCCCACCUUCCCUUAAUGAUGUCAGAACUCAAUCUGUUUUAAGACAAAGCAUUGCAACUGCAGAAGAGCAGAGCUCAGCUGUGACGACUGAGUUGUGGUGAUGUUAACAUGUCUUUCACCUGUGAUGUUUUUUUUGCUCCUCAGAGGCUUUUUGGUGAGGACUUGCCGGUGUCCCAGAACAGCUUUGUCAGUGUCACCGAACUGGUCAGUGCCAUGAAUGACACCUUCCACCUGAAACCCGGAGAAAGUGAUAGUGGACAACACUGGAUAGUCACGGACAUCCAAGACAGCGAUGAUAUACAAUUAGGUGCGAAUGUGCCUGUGUCUGUGAGUCUCAUGUUGUCAGGGAUUAUCAUAGGUCUUGUGCACUGCACAAUGGCACGGUGUCAAGCCAUGUCUCUUUAGCAGUAAAUCUUUACGCUCGUUCUGUGUACACUUGUGAGGGUUGGUGUGUGGGUGGGGGGGUUGGGUUUUAUUGUUGUUUUUUGACCCUGUAAGGCACUUGGAAUUACAAACAUGUACAAAAAGUGCCAUAUAAAUAAAGUUGAAUUUGAAUUUGCAGCUUUACCUGAAAAAACUUUUAUGUGCAUGAUCAUAUUUAGAUGUUUCAUGUAAAUAAAAAAAGCUCCUGGAAUUUGGUUGGCUCAUAAUCAGAGGGAAAAUCUAGUCGGUAGGAUGUCUUGGUGAUAACAUUCAGGGCAGUAAUGGAGGCGUUAUUCAGAUCUUUAAAAAUGUGUUUUCCUCUUUCCAUAGAAUCAAAAGAGACUGAAAAUGAUGAAAAUGAUGUGAAGCAGCCAUCCCGGGGUUUUUACUUCAGCUGUAAAAAGUCAGCUUGGGAAGACAGACUGGAGGAGGAUACUGGAAACAGCACGAUGGAUGACAAGGAUGAGGAGCAGGAACUCAACAACAAUUCUAAGAUUUAUGAAAUGGUGAUGGUGGCUUACUUGUGUUUGUAAAAAGAGACUUGAUGUGACACCUGUAAACAACUUUCCUCCUUCACUGUUGCAUGUGAUUUUCUGUAGGUAUCUGACAAGUACCCUACCAUUCAGGUACAUUGCAGCCCUGGAGUUCCUCCGGACGCCAUACAGGGUCAAAGUCUCAAACCUCCAACACGCCAUGCCUCUAAGGAGUUGAUCGAAGUCAUGGUGGAACACGUGGAGUCACCAGGGAAUUUCUACUUACGCUUUUGCAAGCCUGAGCAAGUUCGUGCUUUGGAGGACAUGAUUAUUGAGAUGAGGUGAUGGAGAUGAUAGUGGUGACAGACUUCCUCCCUCCAUUUUUCUCCAUUGAAAAAUAUCAAAACAAAUCAUCCAAUGUCACUUUUACCGUUCUCGGUAUUAUUAGUCAAGAUUUCAGCUCUUUUGUGUUUCUUGAUGCUGAAAAGUGAAAAGUUUUCCCCCUCCUCUUGUCUCUCUAAGACAAUGUUACAUGUGUCCUGAUGUGUCUGAGCAAUACCGCCUUCCAGAGCGAUACGUCCGAAGGGGCCAGCUGUGCUGCGUGUCACCCAAAGGAAUGUGGUUCUACCGAGUCGUGAUACAUCAGAUCAUCAGCCCCACUCAGGUGGAGGUGUACUAUGUGGACUAUGGUGAAAUGAAUGUGGAGCAGACUGCAAACCUCAAGUUCCUCAAGUAGGAGCACCACAGCUGUCGACCAAACUGAUAAUGACCUGUGUUUUUUGGAUACCCUCUUAACUCCACCCCUCUCUCUCAGGUCAUGUUAUUCCAUUCUUCCAGCACAAGCUGUACCCGCAACUCUCUGUGGAAUAAAACCCAUCGCUGUGAGUUUGAUCAUCACCUCAUGACAUACUAAAAAAAGGACAAAGCAUAUGUUUUUUUUGUUUUGUUUUUUAUCAUCCCUUUGAGCAGCUGCUUACAUCUGGCUCUUUUGAAAAGUGAAUCAAUCCAAACCGUGCUGCUGCAAAUGUCACAUUGGGAUUUGUGAGAAUUCAGUGUUUCUGUUUGCCUCUUUUGCAGAGGAGCUGGACUGCUGAGGCCACGGCGUCUUUCAAGAAGCUGUGCUGUGAUCGCAUCCUAGUGGGCGCUUUGCAUAGUUACACUGGAGAUGUGCUGCAGCUCUACCUGUGCGACACACGCACGAAUGAAGACAUCUACGCCCACACUGUCCUGCUCAGCCAGGGUCACGGGACAGCCUGCAGUCCUUCAGUCAGCGCAAGCGUGAGCCACACACAGACUUACUUCUGCUGUGGACAUUAUAUAUACUAUUUUUUACUGUUUCAUUUUUGUUCGAUAUUUUUGUUUAUUCAAGAUUACAAAAACAACAAAAUAACUGAUACAGAUCAUUGUGAGCCUAAUACAGGAACAUGAUUAUAAUUAUACAUGAUUAUUACAUCUCGAAGAGCUUUGUACAUUUAAUCUGCUGAUGAUAACAUGAAGCUUGAGAAAAAUUGAUCAAAUAAAAAAAUUAGUUUCCUCUGACUGGUAAAAUAUUUUGUGGAAAAGGUGAUAGUAAAGCACUGUACCACAGCUUAUCUUUGUUGACAUUUGAUCAGUCCAAACUUUGAUUAUUUGUGUUUUAUAAUGCUUCCCUUCUUUACUAGCUUUGUACAGAGGUCAGCCCAGUGAGUCUGUACUUGGGGAAGGAAAUGGCCGACCUGCCAGCGGUGGAAGAGGAGGCAGCUUCAUCCCAGACGCCUUCAAGCAUGUGUCAUCAGUCUGUGUCAGCCUCUCCAAAGGUGAUUUACACACACACACACAUUGAUGUUUAACCAUAUCAACUGGAUGUGUAUGUUCGAUUUUUAGCUUAUCAAGAAAUCUAUCAAUAUGAACUCUUGGUUUUGUCUCCCUCCCUCUUCUCCUAUUUCUUUCUAACUCCUUCAUAUUUUGCUCCAAAGCUUUAAUCCUCCACUGCCCAUUGCUCUUAUCUUUCCAGCCAUACUGUACUGUCAGCACUGCAGGCCCUGCUAUACUAUGCACAGACAUGCACAUACUGGAACAAAUUUAAUGUAUAGUCACGCUGCUCUGAAAGUCACAACAUGGUGUUGCCAAAAGGGAAAACAGCUGAUGAGUGGGCUGUGAAACAAGUGUUUGUAUUAAAAGAUGGUGUCUCUCUGAUGCUUUUUAAAACUGUGCAAACAGGAGAACAAUACAGACAGCACAAAUAGAGUACUUAACCUUGAUUUGAUUUAUUUAUUGAAUAUUAUUUAACAUUAAAGGGAAAAUAAAUAUGAGCAUAUUCUUUAAAACGUGAAUGUAGCUGAAAAACAAACAGAAAAGUCAAAUGACAAAUCAAACAAACUGACUGACCAAAACUCUUACAGUAACACUCAAGUAGAUUUUGUAACAUGCUCGAGCAGGUUUGACUGAGAAUGUGUUCAGUCAGUUUUUUACUUGGUUAGUUAUAGACCUGUCACUGUAUAUGUCAUACAAUAACAGAAAGGUAACAGAAGCUAUGUGGAGUGGUUGUGAAUGUAAUUUCUGCUUUAAAAUAACCUUUAAGCGGUCUAGGUGUGCCCCACAUAUUAAGGCGGUGCAGACAUGAAUCCAUCCUGUGGCGCUUUUCCUGUGUGUCACUCUCCGCUCCCUCUCCCCAGUUUCCUGCUCUAUCCACUAUCCUCAGUCUGUCAGUAAAGGUCAAAAAAAGCCCCAAAAUAAAUUUCUUUGCAUGAAACUGACAAUGAAAUUGAAUUGCGGUUGCCGUGUGUUGAACUGCCCCAGGCGCAGUGUGAAUGAGUUCAGCUCAUUCUGAUGGGAGUGUAUGAAUGUGGGGUAGAUAGGUGAGUGUGAUGUGUAAUUUGAAAAUGUUCAUAAAUCAGAGGGUGAUAAGAGAUAUUUUAUUUUGUUUUGUUUUUCAGGUCGAAGAAGAGCUGCCUGCCCUGGAGUUUAUUGGAGAGCCUGAGACCAGCCUCCCUACCCAGGUGUGACCACCACCACCUGACACUUGCUCUUCACACAUCCACACUACUACUACUAAAGUUUUUAGUUUCUUCAUGUUAUUUUUAUCAUUUUAGAUUAUGUCAUGGUUGUUCCACUUUUGAUCAAGAGUGCUGAUACCAUAAUUUACCUGCCCUUCCCAAAAACACUGUCUUGGUCCAACUUUCUACAAAACUGUUUGUAUCAGAGAGGUUUGAAUUCAUACUUUAAGUCCAAGUAUAGAGUUAGUUUUGACCAAAGACAGAUUUGUCGGUGCUGGGCUUGACUGUUGAAUACUUCUUAGGUUAUCAAUUAAAAAGGGUUAGUGAUAAGGAUGUUUGCUGAUAGUGUUGCCUGCACACAAAUGUAUUUUGCACUCAGUGGGGUUAAAAAAUAAAAAAACACCACUUGAGUCCUGCUUGCUGCUGUGUUAUGUUCAGGCUACAGAUGCCGACCCGUUUGAAACUCCGCUUGAUGAUGAGACCCUCAGCAGCUGGGAGCUGGGCCUUUUCACGAGAUCUCCUCCGAGCAGCAGGCUCACUCCAACCUCCAGUCCUCUCCAACCGCCUGAUCCAAUCCUAACAGAGACAAGCCCAGCUCACUGUACAGCCCAAGCAAACGUGAGAGGACAUAAGAACAUUUAGAUCAUGUAUUUACGAUGCCUUUCUGUUGCUUUUUUCCACACACUGAGGAACUUUCACUCUGUCUCCAGAUGUCAAGAGUGACUCCAUCAACAACUCCACCCAGCGUGAACUCCAGCUCUUAUCAGACACCAACAAAAGAGGAGCACUCACCCAAAGUUCCCAGCCCCUGGUUUGAGAGACAACCUCUAAUCCUGAGGAACUUGAGCCUCCACACUCCCAACCUUAACCCAGGUACAUCUCUACAUAUUCACACGUUUCUUAAGACACUAUGGCCGUUUACUCUGAAUGAUAGCACAAAUUUGGAUUUAAAGUUAGCAAUGUUAGCAGUUUCAACGUGCUAGAGACAUGAAACAGGCUGUUUCUUCAUAUGAAGUUGUUAAAAUGAAAACAUUUUAUCCCAUUGCUCUGUUCAAUAGAUGAUAAAUCUAAAUUUAAGAUCUCUCAAAGCUCUCUUAAACAGGAGUCCUAAUGUUACAAUAAGGCUUGAAGUGCACACUCUGACAUUACACAUGAUUACAUAAUGACUGUCAUUAACCCAUGUGUACACAGAGAAAGGGACCCCUUUAAUGCAAUUAGUCUGUGCGCAUGGAUACGGGGGGACAUAUUGAUUUCUAUCCUGCUGCUUUGGUGGAUGAAGCUGCUCUGAGGCGCUGACACAAAUUUAAUUAGACCUGUUACCAGAGCUAUUUGACCCAACGGGCUGCUUUCAUUGUAUGGCAUUUGUGCUGAUAUUCACACACUGAUGCUCCACCAUGCUUCUGCUCGCACAGUUCGUUUUUUGUGUGGGAAAAACAGAAGUAAGUGGGUUGAGGCGGAUUUAUCUUUGCAAGUUAUUUCUUGUGAGCUGCAGCGUUACAAAGUGCAUUACGCAGAUGAACAAACAGAUAAAACAUGAGGUAGAAACAAAAGCGAGUGCUCAACAGAGAUAAGAGGAUAGAUGCUUGUCCUAAGAUCUGGAAAUGUGUAAGACUACAUGCUGAUGAUAAUUUUUCCCCUCUAAAUCUGCACCAAAACUCUCUGAGCUCAGGUUUCUCAGAAAUCUGACAUUGCAGAAACUUUCCAAAGUAAAACAAAAGAAAAUCUACAGAUUAAACAUUCAAAGCUGGUACUCAUCUUUCGUAACAGCUCUGUUUCAUCUCUCUUGAUGCUACUUUUGCACACUGUAAAGUCAUGCAGAUACUGUGGCUUUUGCUGUCUUUAUGAUAAGGGGAAGAUUAGAAGUAUACUUUGAAACACUGACCUGAUAGAGGCACCAUUCAGCUCUCUGCAGCUCAGUGUUUUCAUUCACACAUAAACUUAUAAAGCCUUGCAAUAAUCUUUUAUUCAUUCAGCCGUAUGUAUGUGUGUGUGUGUUUUUUUUCUCUCUAGGUGUAAGUAUCCCUUCUUUCCAUCAGUACUGGAGCCCAGGCAUCAUGUUUCCUGUGUUUGGUGGGAAAAUCCAAACCCCCCCCAAAACUCAUUUAUAACUUCACUCCUUUAUAAUGUCCUAACUGAAUAAAGUGCCAUGUCCCUGCACUAUCAGGAAAAAAAGUUGAGGAGGUAUUUUGUCAGGUAGCAGAAGAGUUACAUAUUCAGAAAAGAUGCAUUAAAGGAUUUUAUUUUCAGUUGAUGUUCAUGUCGUUUUAAAUCUUCAAAAUCUGUUUUUAG